AUGUUUCAUACGUUUAUUGACAUUACUGUUGUUUUUGAUAUCCAAGAGACACAGCACCAUAAACAGGUCCUUUCACAUAAGCGCUUCUGCUCUAUCUACAAUUCACCCUCUCUGACCUCGUUUCCAGUGACCCCAGAUUGGCCUUCUGGAAGUAUUCUUAGGACCAUUCCUAAUAUUGGCCUCUUAAACCUCGCCGAACACCCUUUCCUCCUCCGACCCCUUAUUGUCCUCAGGAUGAAAGUGGACAGCGACAAACGUGUGCAUGGCCGUUUCGAACUCUUAGUUAAUCGGCGGGACAUUCCUCUCCAGGCCGCAGGCGAUGACGUCAUGGUAUCGACGCCGGCGGCCCUCGGAGUCCCCGGGCCGGCGAGAAGGAGAUGCGGAGCCACCCCGACCGCACGCGCCCACUCGGUCCCCCUCGUCGACGUCGCCGCCGGGGUCUCCUCCUGUGAGUCACUCCUUGCCGUACCUCGCACUCAGGGCCUCGGCUGCGGGUCACCUCUGUCGUGGAUCAGCUGCGGCCGGAAAUCCUCAGCGCAUAGGACCCUGAAGGAGCGCCAGUCACUCUUCUCGGCCGGCCAUGACAGGGAAGGUGCCAUCCGGUGCCAUCGCGGCAAUUCUUGUGCUGGCUCAUUGCGUGUUCCAUCAUCGUCCUCGCACGCUACAGGUGUAUCGCAGGAACCCGUCUAUAAUGGAAAGAUUAAAGUGUUCGCGAUGCAGCUGGACAUUUGGGCGCCCCCUCGCGACGACGUCCUCCUGCGCUACAACCUGACUGAUCACUUCAAGGAGGGCGACGUGUCCGAGUACCCGGAGGCGACGGUGUGCCUCCGCGCGCGGCCCUCCACGCUCAUGAGCUACGAGAGCCACAUCUCCAUCGCCACCUCCGACCAGGACAACGACGUCCUGCACAUGUUAUCAUAUCCAUUCCCACUCACUCAGCCUAACAAGGGCGUUGGCAUUCCGUCCACGCCCAGGGCCUGUGGUCCCCGAGCUAAGCCCGUCCCGCCCCCGCAGACCGUCGCGGCGAGAACCACGGCUUCUACUACAACGGCGUGCGUCAUGGAGCCACUACUGCCACAACUUCCACAACGGCGAGUACCGGGCCUACAUCCACGGCAAGCUGGAGGCCAAGGGCCCUUCAGCGUGCCCCACAAGGUCCCUCUGCCGGUGAAGGGCAUCAUCACCAUCGGGCAGGAGCAGGACCUGCUGGCCGGCGCCUACGACACCGACCAGAGCUUCCGGGGUCACAUAGCGCAGGUCAACAUCUGGAACCGAUCGCUCACGCCCGAGGAGGUCAUGGUGCAGGCCUCGUGCGGGCCGGCGCCGCUGGGCAACAUCUUCUCCACGGACAGGGAGGACAUCGAGCUGCUCGGGGGGGCCACGGUGGAGCUGGUGGAGCCGUCGUACUUCUGCGAGAAGGCAGUGGAGUACGUGAUCUUCCCCGAGGCCCGAGAGAUGGCCGAAUCCAAGCUGAAAUGCAACCGCGUCGGCUACGAGGUGUACACGCCCAAGGACGCCGCAGACAACCACGAGCUGCACCAGCAGUCGCUCAACUUCGCCGAGGAGUGUCUGUCCAACUACCACCUGUGGAUCGGGGUCACGGACGAGGAGGAGGAGGACGUGUGGAGGAAAUUCACCGACAACACCGUGGCGCAGACGCAGUUCGAGCUCAACGAGCCCAACGGCGGCACGGGUGAGAACUGCAUGCUCAUGUUCCUGCCCAACGGCCGCUGGGUGGACACAUCGUGCGUGAUCAAGUGGCCUGCAUGCGUGCCUUGCGAGGUGGACCGCAGGAAGAAGCUUCGGCUCAGGGGCUUCUGCUACACCAAUGAGGCAGAGACGUACUACGAGGUGCUGGGCUACAAGGGGGGCAAGCCCUACUUCCACGGCUACUACGGCUACAUGGUGUACAAGAGCGGUUUAUAUGACUGGGAGAUGUACGACACGGCAGAUGAGGAGCUGGUCGCCGUGCUUAAAGUGCCUUCCAAAGACACAUAUCCGAUCGGUCGACACACUUGGGAGUUGAGAAGAUCUAUGUGCAACCAUCUGAUCGGAUCGAAACUGCAACUCAGCUUCUCCAUCUGCAACAACAAUGAGUUCACAUGUUCAAACGGCGACUGCAUUCCCAAAGCGAAGCGGUGUGACGCCAAGGACGACUGCGUAGACUUGUCCGACGAGGAGGACUGUCAGGUGAUCAUCCUGCCGAAGGGGUACCGUCGCGAGCGCCCGCCGGACAACGAAACCGAAGGCCUAGCCAUCCACCUGGGAGCCAUCGUCAACGUGCAGAGGUUCAUGGAAAUCAGCGACAUCCAGAGAGUCAUCAACGUGGAGUUCACGGUAGAGCUGUCCUGGAACGACCCUCGCCCCAAGUACUACAACCUCGGGGACACGCUCGAGUGGAACAAGCUCUCCUCCAGGGACCGAGAGCGCAUCUGGCGGCCUGUGCUCAACUUCCCCAAUGUCUACGACGGGAACAUCAAGCAGCUUUCCCACGAGCUGUACCUCAACAAAAAGGGCACGGCGCUCAAGCCAAAUUACAAUGACGUCAGAAUGGACACCGUAUACGCAGGAAAGUCUGCCGACAUCAUACAAAAACAGCAUUACAGCGCUGUGUUCGCCUGUUCCUUUGACGUGUUCUACUACCCGUUCGACACCCAGCGAUGCUACCUGCAGCUCCAGCUCAGCGUGCGACGAGAACUGGUGUCGUUUACAGCCGAGAAAGCGAGGGUGCUGUAUGGAGAGGACACGAAACUGCCCGCAUACGUCCUCAGCGAGUAUAUCAUUACCGUGACCGAAGGUGGUAACAAUGAGACUCGCUACAGUAGGUUACAGGUGGAGUUCGAGCUGACAAGGAGGUGGACCAUGAUCGUGCUCACUGUGUAUCUCCCGACCAGUAUGUUACAGCUGAUCGGAUACGCGACGCUCUAUGUCAAUGUCUCCCUUAUGGACGUGAGUUUAGAUGCCUUACGUACGGGUUGGGAGUGACCUCACUGGCCACGACUUUAUUUGGGCUUCCGGUUAUGAAGAUCGUCAGAAUUAUCAGGAGUUGCUUUGGGCAAAUCUAGAAGGGGAAAAUGUGAAUGAGAAUGAAUAACUUCAUAAGGCAAGAGCUGUAAUUUCAGUCAAUUUUAUUUCAUCAGAAGUUUAAUCGACGCGCAUCUCGCAGUUGUUCAUCCUUAUUUACACAAUUUUCUACAUCAGAAUGGAGUAUUAUACAGAUGGAAAUAUUUUUAGUAGCAGCAGCAUUUGAUGGGAUUUA